AUGAAGGGCAAAGUUUUGGGCUUAGCGCGGCUAGGCUUAAUACUGCUGCAGUCUUCAUUUGUGCUCAGUCGAAUCGCUUUCGAGAAGCUCACAGAUGUUGACUUUUCGGGUACUGCGUACUAUACAGUACGCAACUUGUCGCUGUAUGAGUGUCACGGCUGGUGCAGGGAAGAGCCGGAUUGUCAGGCGGCAGCAUUCAGUUUUGUGCUCAACCCCUUAACCCCCGUGCAAGAAACACGCUGCUUACUCCAGAAUGAUACUCAAGCAAAUAACCCCAUGGCCACACCACAGCGCUCCGUUAACACGUACUACAUGGUGAAACUUCAAGUGAGAUCGGAAGGUGUCUGCUUGCGGCCUUGGGCAUUCGAAAGGGUGCCAGGCAAGUCGCUCCGGGGGCUGGACAAUAGCAUAAUCUACACCUCCACUAAAGAGGCCUGCCUCGCUGCCUGCCUCAAUGAGAAAAAGUUCCCAUGUCGAUCAGCGGAGUAUGAAUACGGAAGUAUGAGAUGCGCACUCAGCGAUUCCGAUCGACGCACUGCGCAGCCGUUCGUCCAACUCGUUGAUACGCCCGGGGCUGAUUAUUUUGAGAAUUUGUGCCUGAAGGCGUCGCAAGCGUGCAAAGGAUCGAGGAUAUUUACCGCUCCGCGUGUGGGAGUCGCCGAGGAUAAAGUGGCGCAGUACGCUGGUUUGCACUACUACACGGACAAGGAGCUGCAGGUGACAUCAGAGUCAGCCUGCAGGCUCGCUUGUGAAAUAGAAUCCGAGUUCCUAUGUCGCUCCUUUUUGUACCUCGGUGCGCCGCAUUCGGCAACAUACAACUGCCGUCUUUAUCAUCUCGAUCACAACACGCUGCCAGACGGACCCUCAGCUUAUCUAAACGCCGAAAGACCGUUGAUCGAUGAUGGAGAACCUAUUGGAAAAUAUUUCGAGAACUUCUGUGAGAAGCCAGCUGCCAAUCCGAGUGGAGAACUGCCUGUCUCAAUAGAACACCAUCAAGAUACUAACAUGUCGAGUAACUUGACGAGAAAUGACGCCAAUUGUGACAAGACUGGAACCUGCUAUGACGUCUCCGUCCAUUGCAAAGAUACUAGAAUUGCCGUGCAAGUCCGUACGAACAAGCCUUUCAACGGAAGGAUCUACGCAUUGGGUCGUUCGGAAACAUGCAACAUAGAUGUGGUUAACAGCGAUCUAUUCAGAUUAGAUCUUACAAUGGCGGGACAGGAUUGUAAUACCCAGAGUGUAACUGGAGUAUAUUCCAACACCGUCGUACUCCAGCACCACAGCGUGGUCAUGACGAAGGCUGACAAGAUCUACAAAGUGAAGUGCACAUACGACAUGAGUUCAAAGAAUAUCACAUUUGGAAUGGUGCCCAUCAGAGACCCAGAGAUGAUUUCUAUCACUGCGGCUCCUGAAGCCCCACCACCACGCAUCCGCAUCCUGGACAGCCGCCAGCACGAGGUGGAAACCGUCCGUAUUGGAGACAAGCUCACCUUCCGCAUCGAAAUACCGGAGGACACUCCUUAUGGCAUCUUUGCUCGCAGCUGUGUUGCAAUGGCAAAGGAUUCAAAAAGCACUUUCCAGAUCAUCGACGAUGAAGGAUGUCCAGUUGAUCCAUCGAUAUUCCCAGCCUUCAUUCCCGAUGGAAACGCGCUUCAAUCUGUGUACGAAGCCUUCAGGUUUACGGAAUCCUAUGGUGUUAUUUUCCAGUGCAAUGUGAAAUACUGUCUUGGUCCGUGUGAGCCAGCUGUUUGCGAAUGGGGUAGAGAAUCAAUUGAGUCUUGGGGAAGAAAGAAGCGUUCGUUGCCUCACAACGAGACAGGUGAAGCUCACGGUCAGGAAGAAGAUAUGAACAUAUCUCAAGAGAUCCUCGUCCUCGACUUUGGAGAUGAGCGACAGAGCACCGAUUUCCUUCGUUCAGAUAAGCCUGGUGGAACUGCAAGUGAAACUAACUUUGGAGAGAAAACAGUGACAAUUGUAGAGCCGUGUCCCAGCAAAUCGUCGGUGUUGCUGCUCGGCGUCGCGUGCGCGCUGCUUGUUCUGCUAUACAUCGCCACUAUCUUCUGCUACUAUAUGCGGAAGUGGCUUGCACCACCCAAGCAUAUGUCAUAAUUUCUAUAAAAUUACAAAUAUGUGGUAUACAAGUAUUUUGUAACGUUCCAACGCUUUUUUUUACUAAGGAACUUGUGAUACAAAUGACUGAUUCGAAAUUCCACGAUGUCACGUUCACGUCAUUAUAUCCGUCCGUUUUAAGCUAAGAAUCGUGGUGAAAAUUUUUCGUGUGUAAUAUAACCACCGCGUGUCUUGCAACUACCUGAUGGUAAUUGAUUGCAUUUAAAAGCAUUUAUUAAUUUUAAGUAGUUAUACGAAUAUAGGUACAACAUAUGGCUAAUACUAUUUUUUAUGCGAUGAUGCGUAUGUUAUGUAGACACAUCGAUUUUUAAUUUAGGAUAUAAUUAAGAUUUAGUAAUAAAUUCAGAAUUGCAUUUAUUAUUUGGUAAGCUAUUGCUAGGUCCGUUUUUUUUUUGUUUUUGGAAUAAUCCCCGAAAAUUUCAUCUCAUAUUUGGCCAAGGAUUUAAAGGGAUUAUUCUGAAUUUGAGCAAUUGGUCUAGUUGAGGAAUAAAUUGGCAGAAUUUUGGAUACGUAUUAAUUUUAAGUUGGAAUAUUUAACGUAAUUGUGCCCAUUUAUGUCUUGUAUUGAUGUUUUAGUAACUUUUACAUAUAACCUUUUUAGAAUGUCGUUUUGAAAAAAAAUCUUGUAAAUAUACUGUUAUCUGUCAGUUUAGGCGCUAACAGUUUUAUUUCUACUACUUGUUGAACUUUCAGUUGGGUUCUGUUGAAAUGUAACUUAGGCACAGAAUUGUAGUAUGUAUUUUCAUAUAUUUUUUUAAUAUUUGACAUGACAAUAACAAUAUUUCUCUUAACCCAACUUGAGAUUUCUUUUUUAUUUAUUUAGAAUUACUUAACACCUAUUUAUUUUUUAUUUUAUUUAAUAAAUGAAAUAAAUUUG